AUGACUGACAAUUCCUCUUCCCUCCUUGCUGCAACUGCACCAGCAGACGAUGUCGCUUCACAUGUCGUACUGCAAGCGUCCAUUGGCGGCCCACCUCACAUAGGGGACUCAACUUUAAGUGAAAAUCCUGGAUCAAGUUCUCUUGCAGAUUCAAGUAUUGAAGACGUCGCUGCAAGGAACCCUGCAUAUGAUCCUUCCGUAUCAGACGUUCACUUGCAAAAUGUAGUUCCAUUUUACCGGAGACCUCAUUUUUAUAGCACGCUUUUGCAAACCUUUUCCCAGAAUUUUCUUUUUCCUUUUAUAAAUGGAGUAAUGUUGGGCUUUGGUGAAAUCUGUGCAAACGAAAUAGCAUUCAGGAUGGGAUGGUUUGGUGUCAGAAAUUUGCCCAUAUAUACCCGUAGGGCAAAUGCCAUUGCCCUUGGACCAAAAGAUAACUAUGCAACUGGGGCUCACCGACAAUCAAAGAAAACAAAAACCGUCGAUGGUCGCGAAGUCGAGAUAGACGAAGAAAAUAGUAAGAUGGCAUAUGCAGAAGCUUCCACAUCCGCGGCGAUCAUGUAA